AUGUGGCUGCCUAACUUCGAGGCGCUCGAUGCGGCCAUUCCCGCUCGCGACAGAACCCCGCUGGCCCCCGACGUGAUUUUCAAGAGCGUGGCGCGUUUGGCGGCCGUGGCAGAGUCCUCGGGGUGGAAGAAGCCGUUGCCGCUGUCGCGGGGCAGUUGGCGCAAGUCAUGGCAGCCACUCGACGCCUUGAGCGAAGCCUUCGCGCCUGUGGAAGCCCCCCACGCGGAGCUGGCCUUCCCGCGGAUCUCGGCCAACGGUGCGCCAGAUUGGAUUGUCCGCCUGCUGCGGCCGGCUGGGCUGGAGGUGCCGCGCGUGAGCUUUGUUUCGUUCGAUGUGCACCAGAUUCAGGCGCUUGGCGGCGUCCUGGGAG